UGGGUGUCAUGAUAGCAGCAGCAGCAGCCGGUGUCAACAAGCAGGCCGCCUCAGCCCCUCCCUGUGACCCCUCCACGCCUUCCGCACACCCAAGGGACACCACAGCGCAAAGGCUUAACGAGGGAGACAAAUAACUUAUAAUACUUCAGACUCUAAUGGCCUGAGUGGCGCCAGUGGUCCUCCCGUAGCCGCGUCAGGAAGGCUCUGCUAGGCCCUCCACGCCCAAGCCUUCUGCCCCCCACACGUUAUUCUGCACAAUGACGUUUUUCCACUUCGGGAACUGCCUGGCCUUAGCCUAUGGGCCCUAUUUCCUCACCUACAAGUAUUCAGGGAUGACUGAAUAUGGUGCAUUUUGGAAGUGUGUUCAAGUUGGGGGCAUGUACUUGCUGGUCCAGUUAUGCAAGAUGUUGCUAUUAGCCACCUUCUUUCCUACACUGGACAGCCCCUAUGAGGCUGCUGGAUUAUUCUCUGAGUUGGUGAAGACAACUGUGGACUUUGGCGAUGUGAUGGGCAUGAGUGUGGUGCUGAGUCGCGUUCCGGGAGCAGGUCAUAUGAAGGUGCUCAUCACUGGCCUGGGCUGGGCUGCUGCUGACCUCCUUCUCACACGUGCGCUGCCACUCUGGGUGGGUGCCAGGGGCCUCGAGUUCGAUUGGAAGUACAUUCAGAUCAGCCUUGAUGCCAACGUCAGUCUGGUGCACCACCUCAACCUGGCACUGCUGGUGUGGCUGUGGUGGAGGGCAGACCUUGCCCCACCUGUGCGACCAAUCUCGGCGGUGUUGCUGGCCGGAUGUGUGUAUCGACCACUGCUGCCUCAGGUGUUAGCACUCCUGCUGGGCUCACGGCCGGCGGGUUUUACACUCUUGGCCGCCAGUGCAACACCCACUCUGUGUACAGCUGUCAUCGCCUCACACAUCUUCAUCACACACUCGUCUGGCCAGCGUCUCUCUUGAGUCAAUGCCGGAGCUGCCUGGCAGAGGGUGGCUGAGGCGUGCUGUCCCCUGCCUGGCCUGGUGUUGUCAUGACAGGGGAGCAAGUGUUGAAGUGGUGUAUGUGUAUUUAAACCAAAAAUGUGCUGGUUAUAUGUACAUGAAUAAAUGUUUCUCUUUA